AUGUCUCGGAGGAAGAUUUCGUCCGAGUCCUUCAGCUCCCUGGGCUCCGACUAUCUGGAGACCAGCCCCGAGGAUGAGGUGGAGUGCCCGUUGUCCAGGCUCUGCUGGAACGGCGGCCGCAGCGCGCCCGGGCCGCUCGAGCCCAGCGCGGCGCUCGUCUCCGCCCGAGCCCCGGCGGCCGGCGCAGCAGCAGCCGCCGCAGUCAGCGCCGCCACGGCCGGGGCCAGGCGAGCGCAGCGCCGGAGGCGGGUCAACCUGGACUCGCUGGGCGAGAGCAUCAGCCGUCUGACGGCGCCCUCGCCCCAGAUGAUACAGCAGACUCUCAAGAGGACACUGCAAUAUUAUGAGCACCAAGUUACAGGUUAUAGGGAUACAGAAAAGAAUUUCUACAAUAUCUCUAACAGAUGCUCCUAUGCAGACCAUUCCAACAAAGAGGACAUUGAAGAGGUCUCAGGAAUUCUUCAGUGUACUGCUAAUGUACUCGGUUUGAAGUUUGAGGAAAUCCAAGAAAGAUUUGGUGAGGAAUUCUUUAAUAUAUGCUUUGAUGACAAUGAGAGAGUCCUUCGAGCUGUAGGUGGCACAUUGCAGGACUUUUUUAAUGGCUUUGAUGCUUUGUUGGAACAUAUUAGAACUUCUUUUGGAAAACAGGCCACUCUAGAGUCACCAUCAUUCCUAUGCAAAGAACUCCCCGAAGGUACUCUUAUACUCCACUACUUCCACCCUCACCACAUUGUGGGGUUUGCAAUGCUUGGAAUGAUUAAGGCUGCAGGAAAGAAGAUCUAUCGGCUGGAUGUGGAAGUGAACCAGGUUGCUGAGAAGCUGUGCUCUGAUGGUUCAAACCCAGGCAACUGUAAUGGCCUUGCUUUCCUUAUCAGACAAUGUGAAAAUGCUAAUAUCACGAAGAACCUUCCACAGGGAACAUCCCAAGUUCCUGCGGACCUCAGAAUUAGCAUCAACACCUUCUGCAGAGCCUUCCCUUUUCACUUGAUGUUUGACCCCCACAUGUCAGUCCUUCAGCUGGGGGAAGGCCUAAGGAAGCAGCUCCGAUGUGACACUCACAAAGUGCUCAAGUUUGAGGACUGCUUUGAGAUCAUUUCUCCGAAGGUUAAUGCCACCUUCGAAAGGGUUCUGCUGCGCCUGUCCACCCCGUUUGUGAUCAGGACCAAGCCUGAGGCUUCUGGCACUGAGAAUAAAGACAAGGUGAUGGAAGUUAAAGGACAAAUGAUCCAUGUCUCGGAAUCAAAUUCCAUUUUGUUCUUGGGUUCUCCAUGUGUGGACAAGUUGGAUGAACUCAUGGGACGAGGGCUACAUCUCUCGGACAUCCCCAUCCAUGAUGCUACUCGAGAUGUCAUCUUGGUUGGCGAGCAGGCAAAGGCCCAGGAUGGGCUGAAGAAGAGGAUGGAUAAACUAAAAGCAACUUUGGAAAGAACUCACCAGGCCCUGGAAGAAGAGAAAAAGAAAACAGUGGAUCUUCUGUAUUCCAUUUUCCCUGGUGAUGUAGCCCAGCAAUUGUGGCAAGGGCAGCAAGUGCAGGCCAGAAAGUUUGAUGAUGUCACCAUGCUGUUUUCAGACAUCGUUGGCUUCACGGCCAUAUGUGCCCAGUGUACCCCCAUGCAGGUCAUCAGCAUGCUGAAUGAACUAUACACAAGAUUCGACCACCAGUGUGGAUUUUUGGAUAUUUAUAAGGUGGAAACAAUAGGUGAUGCAUACUGUGUUGCUGCAGGGCUCCACAGAAAAAGCCUUUGCCAUGCUAAACCCAUUGCUCUGAUGGCCCUGAAGAUGAUGGAACUUUCAGAAGAGGUGUUGACACCUGAUGGAAGACCAAUUCAGAUGAGGAUAGGCAUUCACUCAGGCUCUGUGCUGGCUGGAGUUGUUGGGGUAAGAAUGCCACGAUAUUGCCUGUUUGGAAAUAAUGUCACUCUGGCAAGCAAAUUUGAAUCAGGAAGUCACCCGAGACGCAUCAAUGUCAGCCCAACCACUUACCAAUUAUUAAAACGAGAAGAAAGUUUCACAUUCAUUCCUCGGUCCCGUGAAGAGCUUCCAGACAACUUUCCAAAAGAAAUCCCUGGGAUCUGCUAUUUCCUGGAGGUAAGAACUGGUCCUAAGCAGCCAAAGCCUUCUCUUUCUUCAUCGAAAAUAAAAAAGGUUUCCUACAACAUUGGCACUAUGUUCCUCCGGGAGACAAGCCUCUGAGACCUGCUGCAGAUCAAAGACUCCUCCAAAAGCACAAGCCCAGAACAUGGGUCAUGACAGGAGAAUGAAGAGAGAGAUUUCUCUUUCACUGCUUUGUUGAGAACAAACAGUGGAAUUUCUGUUAUGUCAGGCAAUAAUCCUGGAAAAAGAUGGGUGAUGACUGUCAAUAAAAAACC